CGUAAAUAAAGAGGUUUAAAUUCUUUUUGAGAAAUAACUGCAGAAAAAAGCACUUUAUCAUCGGUAACUAGUUGUUAAACUUCUGUUACCUUUCUGGUAUCAAAGGGGGAAACGGGAGAAGAAGCGUGCCUUCACGCGGACAACUAGUUAAUUUGGCGAUUGACAGACAACGGUACGCGCGCUUCUAUCUGUAAUUACUACACUUUGUAAAAAAUACAAGCUAUAUAAACGAAAAGGUAUGAAAGAAAAUUUAAGACAUUUUUUCUCCGACGAAGAGUUAGGCAGGGGGUUUGCGGGAUAUAUUACUGACUUUUUCGUAGAUUAAUAAAAGCGAGUAGCUAGGCCAGAGUAUCCACCGUACAUAAUUUAAUAUCUUUUUUUUUCAAUUUGGUUUAAGAUAAAGUUAUGAAAAUAGACUUAAAGGUUACAUUUAUACACUUUGAUGAAAAAAUUCGGAGAGACGUACGCUAGCUUUAUAUAAAACAAUUGAGAAUAUGGUAAUAACGUGCAGAAAACAUGGAUAGCGGUAUUUGAUAAAGUUUUAAUGCUUACUUUGGAAGCUUUGUGUAAUAUUUCAUUGUAGUUUUCAUACAUAUAUCCCUUAGUUCGGCUUGUAGUGUACAAUUAGAGUCUCGGACUAAGUUCUACUUUAAACAAUGAUAUAUCAUUUUGUGUAAUGAAUUGAGAAAUAUAAAACAAAUGUGGACUAUAAGAUUGGCAGUGUUUAAGGAAGGAAAACUAUGGAGUAAGGAAAAUGAAAAGGUGUUUAGGAAUUUAUACCCAAAUUGGGAUAUCACUAAUUCUGAUAUGUGCAAUAAAUGGAAUAUUGACCAGUGACAAGAACAAUAUACCUCAAGAGUUUGAAAUAGUUUCACCCAAAGUCUUUCAACAUGACAGUGUGGUUAGUUCUGCAUCGCAUCUUUUAUCGCACAUUCGACAACGACGUAGCAUAACGUCUGAAAUAUUCAUCAACAUCAGCACGCAUCAAGACUCGUACCAUAUCAAGCUUACGCCAAAUAAAGACUUGCUAGCUUCAAGCUUCAAAGUCUAUCAUCGUCAUGGUAACUGGAGCGAUGAUGAUGUCACAGGCAGCAAUGAUGACAUCACUGAUGACAUCACCGAUACAGAUUGUUUAUACAAAGGAGAAGUGGUGUCCCAUGACAACGCUCCAGCUGCUUUCUCCAUUUGUAACGGACUUACAGGAGUCCUGAUGUUCCCUCAUGAUGACUUUGUUAUAGAGCCAUUACCAAGUCACCUGUCAUCUUUACAUGAACAUCGUCAUCACCAUGGCAGCGACCUUCGUAGGAGUCAUGGUAACACACAUCAAAAUAGUCAUGGAAACGCACAUCAAACUAGUUCUCACAGUUCCCAUGACAACCAGCAGUAUUUGAACGACCUUGACACCUCAACACAUUUACAAACGCAUGACAAUAUUAGUGUUGCUACUGACAACCAUCACCAUGACAACACAGGAAAUGACCUUAGCAACAAGAAUGACCUUGACACAGAUAGUGUUAAAACUAGCAAUACAAGUAGAUAUUAUAACGAGAAAUCAUUAAAUGAAUCUUAUAGAGUUCUGCAUAAUCAUGAUAAACUUGCAAAUGAGGCAUUAGAAUUAAAAGAAAACGAGAGUAUAGCUAGCCAUGACAACAAGGGUAAAACAAAUGAAGAUGAAAGGCGUCACAAGGGGAAGGAAAGUGCUCAUAUCAUAUAUAGAAGAUCAGCAUUAUUCAAGCAUAUACCUGAUAAUUAUCAAACAUCAAAAGAUUUUAAUAGAUACGCCAAGUCAACGAAAAUGUUUCAUCGUGCACGAAGGAAAAGAUCGUACAGAAGUUCGGAACGUAGAGUAGAAACUUUAGUCGUAGUUGAUCAAGAUAUGUACAGGAAACAUGGACGGGAAAAUAUAACAACCUAUGUCCUUAGUAUAUUUAAUAUUGUAUCCCAGUUAUAUCAAGAUCCUAGUCUAGGAUAUCCAAUUAAGAUAGUUCUUGUAGGCCUGGUGUUCCUAGACGGUAGAGAACCAGGACUACGAAUUACACAUCAUGCUGACAAGACGUUAAACAGUUUCUGUCAGUGGCAGGCGGGGAUCCACAAUGGCCGUAAAAAGCUUCAUGAUCAUGCGGUACUUCUGACGGGCAAGGACAUCUGCUCGUACCAGGAUGCUCCCUGUGAUACUCUUGGUUUUGCACCAAUAGAUGGGAUGUGUAGUGAGUUGAGAAGUUGUAUAGUAAAUGAGGAUACAGGACUCUCCACUGCUUUCACUGUUGCCCAUGAAAUGGGACAUAAUUUUGGAAUGAUGCAUGAUGGGGAUGACAAUGUUUGUAAAGAUGCCACUGGUUAUAUCAUGUCACCUACCCUUUCAGCACAAAGUGGAACGUUCCACUGGUCUCCCUGCAGCAGACAAUAUAUGAGAAAUUAUUUGAAUGCUGUGCAGUCGGAAUGUUUGACGAGUCAUUCAAGCGGAACAGCCGAACUCAAGUUUCCGAACAAGCAGCCCGGGGAGAUAUUCGAUGCUGACACACAGUGUAAAUGGCAGUUUGGCAGCCACUCUAAACAGUGCACCAUUAUAUUUGGACGGGAUCCAUGUAAAAAUCUGUUUUGUCACAAGAGGGCAGGGAUGUGUGAGACGAAGUUUCUACCAGCAGCUGAGGGUACAUCUUGUGGUAAUGGUAGGUGGUGUCAGCAAGGUCAAUGUGUGAGAUAUGGAAAAUCUGGCCCGACCCCUAUAGAUGGAUGGUGGACGGAGUGGGGACAGUGGUCACACUGUUCAAGGUCAUGUGGUGGUGGUAUCAAAACAAGGAAAAGAGAGUGCAACAAUCCAAGACCCCAAUAUGGAGGGAAGAACUGUCAGGGGCCUGACUCUACCCAUAAGAUGUGCAACCUGCAUGAAUGUGAAGGAAGGGAGCAGAAUUUCCGUGCAUUACAAUGUGAGCAACUUGUGCAAGAGAAUUUCCGAGGCUGGAGUUACAGGUGGCGAGGACAUAGACAACAAACUGCGAUAGACGCUGAAGAUGAAUGUAAGCUGUAUUGUAAGGCAGAUGGGUACAAUUUUUACUAUGCCAUGCCAAGGGAGGUAACUGAUGGAACUAGGUGUAAUGACUAUACUACAGACAUUUGUGUCCAGGGAAAAUGUCAGCAUGUUGGUUGUGACCUGAUUGUUGGAUCAUCAGCUAGGAAGGACAGAUGUGGUGUUUGUAGGGGAGACAACUCUACUUGUAAAAUAGUGGAAAAUACAUUCACACAACAGCCUAGAAAAAAUGCAUAUAUGGGUGUGGUAUACUUACCCAGAGGGUCAAGUAGUAUUAAGGUAGAAGAGGUGGGUAUUGCCCGUAGCAAUUACCUGGCUUUACGAGACAGGCAUGGAGAAUAUCAUCUGAACGGAAACUGGAAACUUGACCCAGAGGGAGUGUACAGUAUAGCCGGGACCAAGUUUAUUUACCGACGACCUUACAACUUUCCCGAGUCACUAGUCGCUGAUGGACCUAUACAAGAAGAUUUGGUGUUAGAGGUAUUGAUUCAAUCAGAGAACCCUGGCAUUCACUACAGUUUCACCGUGCCUAGAAAUCAGAACUAUAAUCCUCCAUCAUUGUACAACUUUACUUGGAGUGUUGUACUCACUGAGUGCAGUCAACAGUGUGCCGGAGGUGAACAGAUUGUUACGGCUCAUUGCCAUAGAGACAAGGGAGUGGAAGUGGACCCGGCUUAUUGUGCCAGAGAGCAGAAACCAGGAACCGGAACUUAUCCUUGUAAUACUCAACCAUGUAGGCCAAGAUGGUUUGGCGAGCCAUGGAGUAUGUGUCACAAAUCUUGUGGAGGUGGUCAUCAGAAACGUAAAAUAUACUGUCUACAGAAACUAUCUAAGACAGAAGAUAGGAGAGUACCCAGAAAGUACUGUGAUGCUGAACAGAAACCUGUUAGGAAGAGAGAAUGUAACACUCAUGAGUGUUCCCCUGUCUGGUACAAAAGCCCAUGGUCACAGUGUUCAAAGAGCUGUGGUAAAGGGUUAAUGUCAAGGACAGUUGUGUGUAGAAGUAAGACAUUAAAGGGUCAAGUCAUAUAUCCGGCUUCGAUGUACGCUGGUGAUCCGCAGCCGAUCUCACAGAAAGGUUGCAGGCGUAGACGGUGUCCUGACCCAACAGCUAAAUGGGCCAACACUGCAUGGAGCCAGUGCACAAGAACGUGUGAUGUAGGCACGAGAACUCGAGCUGUUAAAUGUAUGAGGAAGACAGAGUCCGGGACUGUAAUAAUUACCAAAGAGAAACGCUGUAAUCACCUAGAUAAACCAGAAAUAACCCUGACAGAGUCUUGUCAGGUUCAGGCGUGUCCAGAGCUACCAGAAUGGUACGCCUCUCCUUGGUCGACUUGUUCAGUGUCGUGUGGACGUGGUCAGCAGACGCGACUGGUUCACUGUAUGCAUCAAAAGUACAGAAAGCUUGCCACUAACUGUGACCAGUCUGUCAAGCCUCUAGCGAAACAGAGCUGCUUUCAGAAAAAAUGUUUGGAUCCAGGUCCUUCGUGUUUUGACGAGUUUUCAUGGUGUCAUCUCGUGCCGAAACACAAAUUAUCUGUAAUCAAUUCUUUCUACGGGACCAAGUUGUUGUCUCUCUUGUCAAACAAAAGAUGA